GGAUCCGGCCAACAGCUAAGUUUUGGGGACUGGUGACCAAGGACACAAAGCUCGAGUCCGAUCAAAGCGACGAAGUAGACCGACCCCGCUACAAUUGUCGAGUACUUCACAGAACGCACUUGUGAGGGGAGGGGCUGAAACAGUGACGGUAUGAAUGCCCGAAGUUGGGCACAAGAGGCGACGGCAUGGUACGUGGCGCACUCCGAUCCGUACACCUCGCACCAAGACAACGUGCAUCAGGUUUUACGCUGUCCCGUGGUUGCCUUGACGCUUAGUAUUCUCCACCAAUCCGUCGGAUCGGAUCCAAAUUGCCAAGUGUUGGCGGACGAGAAAAAUGGUGCGGCAAGCGGCAUCACAGUCAGGGCGACCGUACCCCCCUCGUCGGACGAGAGCUCGUCCAAGCAUUCGGGAACGGUAACGACAUCUCCCGACUGGCGAGCCUACCUAGCGCAAGAAACCGACACGGGUGUCCUCGAAUUUAAUCAAGCAAACGAAGAAGCCUAUGACGCACUCUCGAGACGGACCAAGGCACGCUUGGAAGCAUUUCUGACCGGAACUUCCCUGGCGGUGGCGACGACAGUCCCAACUGCGGCAACGGAAGAUGAGAUUGUCGGUUCUUCUCAUGCGUCGAAUCUAGCCCUCUCACGGCCACCUAUGUUUCCUCCGAAACCAAACAUGGCAACAGGGAAACCAAUUCGAGGGUAUUCCAACCGAACAACGAGUCAAGAAUCGGAUCGUAGUCUCGGUUUAAUCGAUGGGUUGGCGGGUUUUCAUCGGUUCGAACACUCCAACAGCUCAAGUUCCGCCCCAUCCAGAAGCUCCCCAGUGCUUUCGUCGCUCAAUGCUGGGAGUCAAACAUUGUUACGGUCCAUUUCGGCCUCUACAACAUCGUCUGCCUCGAAUAUACAGAAAAUCUCGAAGCAGCCUCAGAUUGCUCCCGACGAGCUCACCAUACGCAUGGAGCUUUAUAUUCGAGCUUUGCUCCGCGUCAGCGCCCAACAACAAGAAUGCGUUUUGGGUGCUGAACCCGCCCGGGCUCUCAAAGCACGAGCUCGAUCUAUCGUGAUCGCACUUGUGGAUACGGUAGGCACGAUACGGCAACAAAGCCCAGUCUUGACGCGACUCCUGUCUUGGCACGUCAAAGAGUUGCUCGCCGUCGACGUCUUGGGCGAGAGCGUCGUGCGACUUAUUCGUAAGGUUGUAUCAGAUUACGAGCACAAGACAUCCUUCGCGAGUUUGGCAUUCUUAUCGAGUCCGGAUGAUACGGCGGAGCACUCUCUGACGCCCAUGGUAUUGUGGCUCUUCCAAUAUUUACAAACAUCCUGGAGGGACUGUGUGUCUGAUUGUGAACUGGAACGUAUGCUGAAGCUGUCGCUCCCGGAGAAUUUGCGUUCAGUCUUCAAGACUAUCGAGUUCCGAUCCAUUGGGCACUUGCUCGAAACCUGUCAAGAGUACCGUGAUGUGUUGCAGCAUAUUGAACUGGCGCCGGGUAUUAGAUCGUAUGACGACAGUGACGAUGCUGACCAUUCCUCGACGGAAGCAAAUUUCCGGUCGGCUUGCUCAUCGAUUGCGGUUCACAACAACAAGGCAAUUCGCCAAGCUAUUCGGGAUUUGCAACGCGAGGUCAUUACCGUUAAUGGUAACGUCUUACCGCCCGUCACGAGUCGCAUCGAAUUGGUCCAUCUACUCUCCCAAACGCUCAAUUCGCGUUCUCUCCAAACAGCGCAACCACGACUAACACGUUCUCAACGGCGUAAACAGCGCGCCGUACGACGGGUCGAAAGUGCACCCAUUUUGAGCACAAGCGAAUCAGAAGCGGACACCGCCGGGCCUGUCCUAGACAGCGAUGGCUUUUUGUCGUCAGGGAAUGAAGGAGACCUUUCCGACCACAAAAGGCAGACAUCAAGAGCUGUCGGAGCAGGUCCAUCCUCCAAGCCUACGCGUCGUCGCCGUAACUUUCACCUUUCGACAGUCGACUUUCUAACGAAGCGGCUUUUGUUGGCGGCGGGGAGGACAGGUACUGGCGGAGAUGCCUACUUUGUUGUUAGAGACUUGUUUGGUGGGGACGACAUUGAAGUUGUUCCAUCGCAUUUGCCACCGUCUCACGCGCGAAUGGUUCGUCCCGGGUCGAUUGAAAUUAUAAUCAUGCUAUCCAGUGUGACCAUUAAAUGUCACGGGUCCUUUGAUGUAUAUCCGACAUCUCUUGUCGGAGACUGCGAACCACUUAUUCAACUGCACACAACUACUACCGAAGUCAUUCAGCUACAGGAAGUUCGUGCCAGUGAUUCCAGUGGCGAUGAUAUCAAAGCCGACAAUUUCUCGUCCGAGGACGAGAGCGAUGCGCCAGGUGGACGGCAGGGAUCUGUCAUGGUGAUACAAGAGCGGCAAACGGAACGUACUGGAUGGCGUACUUUGUCCAUUCGACCCGCGUUGUACGAAAAGGUCGAAAGCUACAGUACUCCGAGUUGA